AUGGCAAAAAAAUAUACAGAGAGAGCGCGAGAGGCACUUGAACGCGCAAUAGAAAUUGCCCAAUCAAACAUGAAUACUGUUGUGGAACCAGAACAUCUUCUACUGGCUAUACUGGAAGAUAAGUCAAUCAUGAACAGGGUUAUAUCAUCUGAAGAAAUUAUUCAAAUCAAAACCAAGUUAAAUUCAAAAAUCGCUGGAUUUGGUCGUAUAACUACUUCUUCUCAACCUCAGAUGUCUUAUCCCCUUGGAUCUGUGCUUAGGAAGGCUGAAACUUCUGCUAUAGAUUUUGUAUCUGUUCCAUUACUUGCUCUUAAUCUUCUUGGCUUGUCUAGAAUUGCUGAGUUAUUCAAGGAUCCUAACCGGAUUAUAACAGCGAUCACACAAGAAAUGUCGGAUAACAAGUUUAAUUCUCUGAAUAGCGAUGAUCCAGAAGAUAAAAUGAGCAAAUUUGCAGUUGAGAUUGUUGAGCUUGCAAGACAGAACAAACUUGAUCCGGUUGUGGGUAGAGAUGACGAGAUUAGACAGAUUAUUGAAGUCUUAUCCAAAAAGACUAAAAGUAAUGCGAUUAUGGUGGGUAAGCCUGGUGUAGGUAAGACGGCUAUAAUCAAUGGUAUUGCUCAGCUAAUAGCAAAGGGCGAAUGUAAAGUAUUAGAAGGGUUUAAAAUAUAUAAUGUGGACGUAGGAGCAAUGGUAGCUGGUGCUUCUCAUAGAGGAGAUUUUGAAGAAAGGCUAAAAGGACUAGUGAAAGAAGCAGAGUCGAGUAGGAAGGUUAUUCUUUUUAUAGAUGAAAUACAUAUUGUAUUAGGUGCUGGAAAAGCGGAGGGAUCGCUGGAUGCUGCCAAUAUUCUGAAACCUAGGCUUGCAGAUGGUUCUUUGAAGGUUAUUGGCGCUACCACCUAUGACGAAUACAGAAUGUAUGUAUCUAAAGAUCCUGCAUUUGAGAGAAGGUUUGUUAAGAUAAAUGUUAAAGAGCCAUCGAUUGAGGACACUAUCACUAUAUUAAGAGGAUUAAGAGAACGAUUAGAAGCGCAUCAUGGUGUGAAGAUAUCAGACAAGGCACUUGUAUAUGCUGCAUCAAUUGGUAAAAAGUAUAUUCCAAAUAGACGACUUCCAGACCUUGCUAUUGAUCUGAUUGAUACAGCAUGCUCUUCAGCAAUUAUCAACUUGAACAGUGAGCCUAUUGAAAUUCAGCAGUUAAGGAAUAAAAUAUGGAGUCUUGAGCUUGAAAAGACUAGUAUUGAGGUUGACCUGAAGAGGGAUCCAACAGUGAUUGAUAGCCUCAAGACAGUAGAAAAGAGAAUUGAAGAUGUCAAAGCCGAACUUAAUCCGAUAGAAGACGCAUACAACCAAGAGAAGAGUUAUCUAGUAGAAGCUAAGAAUAUUAGAAAAAAGCUAGAAGAAGCCAAGAACGAAAUCGAAAAGGCUAAAAGAGAAAAUAAUAGGUAUAAGGUCUAUGACCUACAGACUAAUGUGAUUCCAACCUACGAGAGACAACUAGAGCAAUUGGCAAAUGUUGAAGUAAUCAUGCCACAGCAUGUAGCCGAGGUUUUAUCAAGAUUGAGUGGGAUUCCAAUGUCUCGCCUGACAACUAAGGAAAGUGAAAAGUUAAUUAAUAUGUCUGAUAAGAUCAAGAAAAGAAUAUUUGGACAGAACGAGGCUAUUGACAUGGUUGUUAAUAGCAUUCUAGCAUCUAAGGUUGGAUUAAGCAGAGAUAAUAAGCCGCUUGCAUCUUUUCUCUUCCUAGGCCCGACAGGUGUGGGCAAGACGGAACUUUCAAAGACGAUCUGUGAAGAACUGAAUGAUACCUGUGAAAACAUGGUUGUUUUGGAUAUGUCUGACUAUGUUAGUGAAAUGAGCAUUAAUAAGUUGAUAGGCGCACCUGCUGGCUAUGUUGGAUGUGAAGAGGGCGGUACUCUGACAGAGCCAAUUAAAGAGAUGCCGUAUAAUGUUGUUCUUCUUGAUGAAGUUGAUCUUGCUCACCAAAGUAAUUUAAACGUGCUCUAUCAGCUGUUGGAUGAAGGACGUGUUACCGAUGGCAGAGGUGUGAAGGUCAGCUUUAGAAAUACAGUGAUUGUCAUGACAUCUAACCUUGGACAACAGUACAUUUCUUCCAACCACAUUGACAAAAAGAAGAUUGAGGAGUUAAUAAUUGCUCGUUUUGGACAGCCAUUGAUCAAUCGUAUUGAUAAUAUCGUGAUUUUUAACCACUUAUCUGAAGAUGCAAUGUGUGAGAUAUUCAAAAAGGACAUUGAAGAGCUCAACAAGAAACUGCAUGACAAGAACAUGAAAUUCAAGGUAUCUGAGGCUGUAAUGGGCCAUGCUGUUAUGACAUGUACAAACUCCAAUUUUGGAGCCAGGAUCAUAAAAAGAUAUAUCAAGGACAAUUUUAUAAAUGCUAUUACAAGGAUUAUUCUGUCGAGGAAGAAUGACAGUCCUAUUGAGGUUUCAUGUUUCUUAAAUGAAGAAGGUGUUGAUGGAAUCGAGCAUGGAAACUAUACGUAUGUGAUUAGCUAA